AUGGCUACCACAUCCAACCUGACCGUGAUCCUGGAAGACAUCUUCAGAAGGAUUUUUAUUACUUACAUGGAGAACCUGCAAAGGAACACGACAGCUGAGCAAGAGGCCCUGCAGGCCAAAGUAGACGCUGAGAAUUUUAACUACGUCAUCCUGUACCUGAUGGUGGUGAUCGGCAUGUUCUCCUUCAUUGUCGUGGCCAUCCUGGUAAGCACGGUGAAAUCCAAGCGGCGAGAACAUUCCAACGACCCCUACCAUCAGUACAUUGUGGAGGAUUGGCAUCAGAAGUAUAAGAACCAAAUCUUGAAUCUGGAGGAAUCGAGAGCCACCAUCCAUGAGAACCCUAGUGCUGCAGGGUUCAAGAUAUCUCCUUGA